AUGCUCCUGGCCGCGGGCGCACGCGCGGGCGAAGCCGAGGGCGAGAAGAAGCAGACGAAGCGCGGCCUGUCGGGGGCGCUGGGCCUGGGCCUGGGCGGCUACGGCCUGGAGUACGGCUCCCUGGGCGGCUACGGCCUCGGCAGCGCCCUCGGCCUCUCCGACCUAGCGCUCGACGCGCUGCCCCUCAGCGCAGCCGGCCCCGAGAUCCCGCUCGGCACGCACACCCACACCACCAUCACCAAGCAGGUGGCCGUGCCCGUCCCCGCGCCCUACCCGGUGACAGUGGAGCGCCACGUGCCCGUGGCCGUGCCGGCCCCCUACGCCGUGCCCGUGCCCAAGCCCUACCCGGUGGCCGUGCCCAAGCCCGUGGCCGUGCCGGUGGACCGGCCCUACGCCGUGCCCGUCGCCAAGCCCUACCCGGUGGCCGUGCCGCACCCCGUGGCCGUGCCCGUCGAGAAGCCCGUCGCCGUGCCCGUGCUGGGCAAGUACGCGUCGCUGGACUUCGCCCACUUCCACUGA